AUGCUAGAUUAUACUAAUAAAAUAUGUCUAGCGCCGAUGGUUCGAAGUGGAGAACUACCUAUGAGGUUGAUGGCUUUAAAAUAUGGUUGUGAUUUAGUUUGGAGUCCAGAAAUAAUAGAUAAAAAAUUAAUUACAACAAGAAGAGUUGAAAAUUAUGAAUUAGGAACAAUUGAUUAUUUAGCAUCUAAUAAUAAUCAUCAAAAUAAUAAAAAACCAUCAUUUGAUACAGUUGUAUUCCGAAAACAUCCAUUAGAAACUGGGAAAUUAAUUUUACAAUUAGGUACAUCAGAUCCUGAUUUAGCAGUUGAAGCAGCAUUAAAAGUUAUUGAAGAUGUAGAUGGAAUUGAUUUAAAUUGUGGAUGUCCUAAAUCAUUUUCAACUCAUUCUGGAAUGGGAGCAGAAUUAUUAAAAACACCUGAUCUUUUAUGUUCAAUAUUAAGAAAUCUUGUAACAAAAGUUGGUAAAGUUUAUGAAAAACAAAUAUCUUGUAAAAUUAGAUUAAAUUCAAAUUUUAAAAUAACAUAUAAUUUAAUUGAAAAAAUAGUCAAGACUGGAAUUUCAAAUUUAACAAUUCAUUGUAGAACCCCAAUAAUGAGAAAUAGACAGAAUGUAUUUUUAAAUUAUUUACCAAAAUUAAUACCUUUAAUAGAAGAAAAUGGAGUUAGUUUAAUAUUAAAUGGGAAUUUUCAAUCAAGAUCAGAUUUGAAAGCCAUACAAAAAGCUUUGGGGAAUGAUAAAUUAUCAAUUAUGAUAGCAGAAGCUGCUGAAUCAAAUCCAUCUAUUUUAUCAAAUGAACCAAUCACUCAAGAUAUUUUAAUAUCAGAAAUUUUUGAAUUUGGUCAAAAAUAUCAUAAUUUUCCUGGAACAAAAUUUUUAAUAAUGAAUAUGAUACCUGGAAAAUCAAAAUAUUAUCAAAUAUUUGCAAAAUGUAAAAAUUUUGAAAUGAUGAGUGAAGAAAUUUCAAAAUUAAAAGAAAAUAAAGAAAAUGAUAAAGAUGAUAAAAUAUAUAAAAUUUUAAAUAAAAAUUGUCAAAAACUGAAUAGCUUUAAUAAGGAAGAAUUUCAAUUAGAAAUGGAGAAAAGAAGUAAUGAAAUUGAAAACUUUUUUGAAAAUUGGAAUGAAGAUGAUAUGUUGCUUGAUUUAGUUGAUGCUCCUACCAAAAGAACCAUGGAGAUCCCCAAACACAAAUUAGAAACCAAAAGACAAAAAAUUGAAGCUGCAUAA